AACUAAACAACCUAAUAACAUGAACUAAUGUAAAACGAAAAUUUGAGUAAUUUUUAGAUUAAUAUGAAUAAAUUGUGUGAGAGACUUAGUUAGUUACAUUAGAAAUUUAUAAUCUAGUUACAUUGCAUGUUAUCUUAUUGGUAUUGACAAUUGUGCUAUACUUCUAUGCGCUUUGUGCAAUUUCUAUGAUAUUUCGGACACUUUGUUUCUUAUCUUUAUAUACAUAUAUUGUUGUUAAUGAAAGUCAUUUUAUCUAGAAAAAAUAAAUUAAAAUAAAAAAAGAAUGUGGUAGGUGAUAAAAUUGUAAUGUUGAUCCUUCAUUGAUUUCGAAUACUUCGAGAAUAUACUUAUGCUAAUUUACAUUACAUAGAGUGUUUUAAGGUUUCGAUCCUUUAUGUUCAGUUGAGUAGAGUUGAUUUUUUUUUAAAUGUAUUUUACAAAUUUUUGUAAGUAUGUACUGUUGGAACAUACUCAAAAAUGUUUGUGACUAGAAAUAUAGAUAAUUAAGUUACGUGCUUUGUGAUACUCAAAAAUGUAUUUUACAAAUUUUUGUAAGUAUGUACUUAUGCUCAUGCAUACAUGACUACGAAGUGAAGAAUCUUUCCAAUGUAAUUCUGUUGAAGGAGAGGAAAUUCUGCAUUGGCAGCAAAUUAGAAAGAUAUAUUAGAGGGAUGUAACCAUUAUGUUAGAACUUGUAUCACUGUUUUUCUAUUAAAAAGUUCCAUUACUUGCCCUUUUUCCGGAUUUCGAGCUGUGCAAAUUAUUAUAUCAUAUCUUUUAUGAAUAUUUAAGUUCCGGUAAUGAAAUAUAAUUGAAUGAAAAAGAUUUGAUUUUUAAUUUUUUUUUCUUGUUUAGUAAUAUUGUAAAAUAUUAGAAUAUCAUUCUAAUAGAAUGAUUAUUUUUGAAAUAAAAAAAAGAUACCGCUAAAUUUUUUUUAUUUUUAUUUCUAGUAUUUUAAAUUUUAUUUUAUUCUAUUCUUAUUUUUAGUCUUAUUAUUGUGUUUUGAUUCCUUCCGACUAACCAAAUGCAGCUGAGUGAGAAGUAUGAGCAAUUAUCUGUAUAUACUUUUCUUAUAAAUAGUUAAGGACUGUUGUCUAAAUAUACUUAACAAUUUGUUUAUGCUUUUAAUAUUUCAUAUACACUACUUGUUAUAUAUGUAGCUAACUUUGAAGUUUGUUUGUUAAUGGUGUAGACAUGGCGAACUCAGAAUCAGGAUCUGAUUCGGGAGCAGAAAAUGAGUGUCCAACCACAAUACCUACACGAGGGCCGACGCAAAUGAAUGAAAUAUCAAAACUAAUGGAUCAGGGCAAAAGAGUGGCCCUCGAAGUUAAUGAUAAAGGUCAAUACUGUGGAAAAAGCUACGCGAAGCUCGUAUCCACUCUGGGAGUCAGAUGUCGGCAGACAAUAGGGUUGGCUUAUAAAAAUUGGAAAGAAGUCAACCAGACUCUGAAAAAUAAAGUUUGGAAAGACAUUCAGACGGGGUUCAUUGUGCCGGACACCUUCAAACAUGAUUGUCUCAUCCUAGCUGGGAAGUUAAUGAAAGACUUCAAGAAUAGGAUGACAAAAGACAUCAUAAUGCCCGCGUUGAAAGAGAAUGAUCUGGGACGACUGGCACAAGUCCCUGAAAAGCACCCGGAGAUCGACGCUGCUGAUUGGUGCAAAUUUGUUGAAAGUAGACUAACUCCUGAAUUUCUGGAAUUGAGUAAGGUGCAACGUGAACGUUCCUCAAAAAUUCAAUCCAGACAUCGAAGUGGUCGGAGUGGAAUGGUGAACGUACGGGAAGCUGUGAAAAAGGACCUCGAAGUUGCAGAUCCUCCCCGCCACCGUGUUUGGAUUAAAUCUCGCACCAAGAGUAGAAAACUUGUCACUGAUUACGACAAGGAAAUUGCCGAGAAGAUAGCUCAAUUAGAGGAGAAGCUUAGUCAGGGACAAAUUCAGGUCCAGGGCCAAAACGAUAUCCUCACGCAGGCGCUCGGGACACCAGAGCAUCCUGGACGUGUCAGGGCUGCUGGGUAUGCUAUUACUUCAAAUGUUAUUUAUUUAGUUACACAAAUGAAAUCGUUGCUAAUUUGCAUUUUAUGAUUUGUAGGUUCCUGACCAGGGCAUCUCAAC